UCCCAAUCCUACAUCGGAGUCAACUACGGCCAGGUCGCCGACAACCUCCCGCCGCCGGCCGCCACCGCCAAGCUCCUCCAGUCCACCGCCGUCCAGAAAGUCCGCCUCUACGGCGCCGACCCGGCCAUCAUCCGCGCCCUCGCCAACACCGGGAUCGGGAUCGUGAUCGGAGCCGCCAACGGCGACAUCCCGGCCCUGGCGUCCGACCCCAACUCGGCGGGUCAGUGGGUCAACUCGAACGUCCUACCCUUCUACCCGGCCAGCAGCAUCGUCCUCGUCACCGUCGGCAACGAGGUCCUCCUCUCCGGCGACCAGAACCUCAUCUCCCAGCUCCUCCCGGCGAUGCAGAACGUGCAGAACGCGCUCAACUCGGCCUCCCUCGGCGGCAAGGUCAAAGUCUCCACCGUCCACUCCAUGAAGGCGCUGCUUCAGUUCCAGAGAGGGGUCGGGUCCCCGAUUGCCGUGAACCCGUACCCGUUCUUCGCGUACCAGAGUGACCCGAGGCCCGAAACGCUGGCGUUUUGCUUGUUCCAGCCCAACGCCGGGCGGGUCGACUCGGGGAGUGGGAUCAAGUACAUGAACAUGUUUGACGCUCAGGUUGAUGCAGUGAGAUCGGCUCUGAACGGAAUUGGGUUCAAGGACAUAGACAUCAUGGUCGCGGAGACAGGGUGGCCGUACAAGGGCGACCCGAACGAAGUCGGGGCGAGCGUGGAGAACGCCAGAGCAUACAAUGGCAACCUCAUUGCUCACCUCAGAUCCAUGGCCGGAACGCCAUUGAUGCCUGGCAAAUCCGUCGACACCUACCUAUUCGCUCUCUACGACGAGGACCUUAAGCCGGGGCCUUCGUCGGAACGUAGCUUCGGCCUCUUCAAGCCCGACCUCUCCAUGACUUACGACGUCGGCCUCUCCAAGACCAGCACCACCAGCCAGCCGAAGCGAACCAGCCGGAUCGCGACAUAUACGAGGGAACCAGCCUCUCGAAUCACUCGGAUUGUGGGAGACCGGAACGAAUUAAGCCUCGAACCAACUCCAAAUCUAUCACUAACCUAGGUCAAAACUUUGAAAGAAUGUGAUUUUGUGCUAUGUAUCCGAUCGUAGUGAAAAUUUUUCGUUUGGUUUGAUUACGAUCAGAUAAUCGAGUGCGAAUUCGCGAUUGUUCAAAGUUUCGACCUAUGUUAGGUGUAAAUUGUGGGGUCAUCAGCAAUAUGAUGUGAUUCGCUUGAGCGUGCCGCUAUCCAUGUUGGUUUCAAGGCAGCUGGUUCGCUUGGGUCGGCUGUGAUCCCCCAAUCCAGGAGUAGAUCGAUCCUCUUUCCAGUAAAUCACCACACAAAUCGCUUGACAAAUUCUAGUACUUUGAAUUUUUUGUUGUUGCUAAGUGUGGUAUUGUGAGAAUUUCUUUUAUCGUAAUCCUUAUAGUGUGGGAAAUUUCUCCUAAAUUACUUGUGUGUAAAGUAGGGGUGGCUAUACGGUCCGGUCCGGUUAAAUUGGACCAAAUUGAUCCGGUCCCAGUCCGGUCUUUUCGGGAAUAUAAGGAUCAAAGAUUGGAUUGGAUACAGUCCGGUCUUGACCCGAUCCGGUCCCAAUUUAAUCUUGAUUUUAGGUGUUGGGGUCUCUUAUCCGGUCUUUAUCCGGAUGUUUUUUACCUCAAAUCUAAGCCCGAAUAUGAGAUUGGAUUGUUUGCUAUCCGUUACCAGUCCGGGUUAUAUCAUAUAUGGUCCGGUUUCGGGUAAAACCAAACAGUCCGGGACCAAAUAGCCGCCCUAGUGUAAAGGCGGGCUUUUUGCUCAUUUCACACCUCUAGUUUCGUGUUUGAAAUUUUUGGCAGAGUCCACCAUCGUCGUCGGAGAAAACGCCAUCAGGUGGAGGAUCGCCGGCGGCAGGGCAGGAGCGAUGGUGCGUGCCGAAAGCAGGGGCGUCCGACGCGCAACUGCAGGCGAGUCUGGACUACGUGUGCGGGCAGCAGGGCAUCGACUGCGGGCCAUUGCAGCCAGGCGGCGCGUGUUUCGAGCCCAACACACUCGCUUCUCACGCCGCCUACGCCAUGAACCUCUACUUCCAGCGCUCCGACAAGCGCCCUUGGAACUGCGAUUUCUCGCAGACCGCCGCCCUGUCCUCCAAUAACCCCAGCUACAAUGGCUGCAAUUACCCUGGCGGCGGUACGUGACGGCGGGGAGGGUAGCUACUGCUGAAAUUGAAGGGUUGUGUUGGGAAUUAUUGGUGAGGGAGCUUAAAUCAAAUUACCGCUUAUACCGUUAGCUGACUGCAUGUCUAGUUUUGAGGGCCAUGUUUUGGAUCAUCAAAAUCAAAUGCUAGUUAAGCUAUUAGCUAAGUGUACUUGUAUUAGGGAAUAAAUGCUUCCUCCUCUCUUCAAGGUUUGAUGGUAAUAGUGCUCUUCCAGAAAUCCCCUCACUCCUAAUUAAUUGAUAGAAACCUGGUCUCUAUUGGGUAUUGAGAUAUUUGGAUUAUUGUUUAUGUUUGUGGCAUUUCUGUUAUUUUGGAGUUACCACUUACCUGAUAUUUGUUUAAUAGGCUUAAUUAUGGGGAGUUUUAAGGGAAUUUAUCGGGUUAUUAGGUCUAUAUAUUAUGUACUUGUAGUUUGGGAUUAAUUACGUAAUGGACGAUAUUUAGAUGCAA